AUGAAUAUCCUGUUCGCCCUUGCUGUGGGGUUCGCCGCCGUGACUGCCACCGACGAGACGUUGUCGAUCAAAUUGCUGUCCAACGUUGUGGAAUCGUCCUGUGAGUUGAUUCAACCUCUGGGACUCACGCAACUCCACCGCGGGAUUCAAGGCCCGAACGACACGCUGGAGGUUAUCACCCCGCGGCAGAACAAACUGUCCACGACCGAGCGUGUACUGGUCGAACCAGUCGGUUCGCACGUCUUUAUCGAAAUGUUUGGCAGGACCUCGAACGCUGUCCAAGCACGCGCUGCCCAACUCUGCCCGAACGGCAUCAAGCGAAAGCAUCUGCGCGAAUCGUUCGGUAUUCCACCGGCCACGAUUCAAAAGAUCGCCGAUUCGGGGGACCCGAAGAAUUGCAUCGACGUUGUCUUUACGGGCGACGGCGACAUGUUUACAGGCAACACGUUUGCCCAGUACCUGCCCCUGUUCAACAUUUGGGCAUCCUACGUCCCAUCGGCGCAGUCGGGCAUCGGCGUCGGCGGCACCCCCCGCGACAUGGCGUUUGUGUACACGAGCAAGCCGGAUGUCGCCCGCAGCGUGUGCGCGCAAAAUGGAGCGUACGCGUGCGACUGUCCAUCGUUGAUCGCGAACGACGACCUUUACGGGGGACUCGGCGGCGACUUGGUCAUUUCGACGCGAUCUCCAACGUCGGAAGAGUACGGCGGCAGCCAAGUGUUCUCGGGGGCCAACUCUGCCCUAUCCGCGUCGACGAUCACGUGGAAGCACUGGCGCACAGAGCCCACCAAGCUCACCGAGCAAAAGUGGGCCCUGCUGUACCAAAAGCACAAUUGCAGGACCUCCAAAACGGCACGAUCGGCCUUACGUCGAUGGUAUUCUGGUUCCUCCCUUGUGGAGGACUUGUGCACACGACAGGAAAUGGAAAACUGA